UCUGUGCGCCUUGCCUUUACAAGCCACGCGAUCAGCCGGACAUGGUGUUCACCAGCUUCAGUCUUCACACGAUACCCAUAUUUUUGCUGACGACCCUACUCGUUCCGUCAAGCGUCAACGCCUACGUAUGCGGGCUGACGUCGGGCAGCCGCGUCGUGGGCGGCGUGAAGGCGCCGGCCUACGCCUACCCGUGGUUCGCGGAGCUGCUGCUGCGCGGGGAGCCCGACAACGGCGUCUGCGCAGGCGCGCUCAUCUCCCGAAAGCACGUCCUCACCGCCGCUCACUGCUUCGUCGAGGUACUGGAAGGUGUUCCCAACGACAAGAAGUAUAAGGUCGCGCUGGGCAUGUCGAACCAGUGCGUCAACCAGAACACGAGGAAGAUCUACGACGUGGCCCGCGCGGACGUUCACGAGCGCUACACUACGGCAGGGAACGACUACGACAUCGCCCUGCUCACACUCAAGGAGGCCGCGCAUUUCAUGCCGCUCUGUCCUCCGUGGGAAGUGCAGGGAGGUAGCCGGCUGAUGUUGUGGGGCCGGCCGGUCGACGCGCCGAAGCCGCUGGUGCUGCCCGACGACGGCGGGCGCACGGGCCUGGUGGCCGGGAUGGGCACGACGCGGCCCGGCGUGUCGAGCAGCGCGCCCUGCGAGAUCCGGCACGCGCUCGUCACCGUCCUCACGCGCCGCGAGUGCCUCAACACGCGCCUGCCGCGCGCCGAGGCCAUGCAGCCCGGCAUCAUCUGCGCCGGAGAGCUGGCCGGCGGCGUCGACACCUGCCAGGGAGACAGUGGUGGUGCAAUGAUGACCAAGUCUGGCCGCCAGUACGUCGCCACAGGCAUAGUGUCGUACGGCUACGGCUGUGGGCAGCGCAACAUGCCCGGCGUGUACACCAACGUGUCGUACUACAAGAAUUGGAUCGUGAAGCACAUGGGCGCCGGCUACCAGCAGCGCCUGCUCUCCAGGACCGGCGCCGCUAGGCGGGCUGGCCAGAGAAGGGGCGGCGCCGCUGCGAACGCCGACUGAACCUCGUUCCACGGCGGUCACCACUGCUGCCCGGAGGCGCGCCUUCACGCUAAUCCUCGUGACCACUCACCGCCUGACCGUCUCCCGAUGUCAUUGCUUUCAAAUUAUCUGGGCUUCCAUAGCCGCGAUUAAGUGCAUAAUGAGUGUGCCUCCCAAAUUCAAAUGAACGUUCUAUCGCUGUUCCUUUGUUUGAGUUCCUCGGUACGUAGAUAAUGAGAUGCUUUUGACACUUAUUAACGCCAUUCUGUGUUUCCGGUAUUUCUGUAAAUAACACUUGGUUCCACACAAAUUAAAUUAAAUAGUAUAUUUCACGUAGGCCCGAGUAAUAAAAUAAAAAAAUUGUAGUCUUCUUUUGAAAAACCAAUUUAGUAGCCGAGAUAUCUAUGUUGACACACUAACUGUAGUAGUAGUUUCGCCAUAUCUGUUGCCUUCCUCAGUUAAAUAAAAAAAGAAAAUAUUUCGACGUUGUAGUUUACAGCAUGCACUAUACUUAUUUCAUGUUACAUUUCUUCUAUUAAUUCCAAUGUUAAACAGAAAUGUGACGCUCUUGCAGUAGUUGUCUGUAACUGAUGUUAGGUAGAGAGCCUGUAUAGGGAGAGAGUGGCCAUUGGUGAAGUUGCCCGUGAUUGGUUGAUUAGCUUCGGCGACAUUUUUCUGCCAAACGUCUCUCGCGCUUCCUAUGUUCGCCAUGCUAUUGAGCUGAAUUGAAGUUCAUAGGACUUUUGGAAACGAUUAAGAAGUAUUUGAUUUAUUGAAAGACUUGUUAUUCGUUGUGCAUGCAUGUUCGAUUUAGUUGUAUAUCGUUUUUAGUACGUAAUUAGCUUUGCGUGCAUAGUGGUAACAUCACAAGCUUUUCUGAAGCCAAUAUCUGACAGUCCUUGCUGGAAACGGAAAGUUCCUGUAAUUGUUGUGCCAUGCUCAUUCGACUUUAUAGCGUCAAACUGUAUUUCGUUGCGAAUCAGAACACUAGGCAGUAUUAUUUCCUGACUGUUGACGCAGCCAAGUUCUAGGCACGUUUUCCGCAGUUGUGGUUGCUGAAACAUUAUUCGUAGUAGAUAAUUGUAGGUAUUCUUGAAGACAGUUUUUAAUAGGCCUACUUACUGUGGGGUAGAAGGGAUACGGUAGUUUCCUUGUUAUAUUUGGUCGAUAUUAUAGUAGCCUACAUUUAACAUUACCUGAUUUUUGUAAUCUUUUUCGCUUGUUAUCUACGAGAGGUAUUCCAGUUGUUUAUUUGUGACAUGCAAAAAGUUUGAAGACGUGACAAGAAAUACCAAUACGCCUCAAACUUUUUGCAUGUCACAAGUAAACAACUGCUUACGACUUUCAUUCAUCUGACCUAAUACAGAUACGUUAAAUCUUUAGCGUUAUGCACUUCCGAUACAAAACAAAUGCUAUACACUAUACUUUUUUUAUUUACGUUACUUUCAUUGCAAUAUGUCAAGUAAACGAACUUCAAAGGAAAUAAAUGCAAGUAACGAAUAAUUUUUACAGCCACUGUAUCAAAUUUUCCUGUGCUGUACGUAGUAGGCUACUACGAGUAUAUUAUAGCUGUAAAGAAAGGCAUUUAACGAAUGAUUACGCGAUAUUGUCUUGUGCUUUUGAUUCGGUGAGUGUGUACUCCACUACUCCACUAGUGGCCAUUCAAAAGUCUUGGCAGAAAAAUGGCCGCCGCAUCGUCCGGUUGGCCACUCUCUCCCUAUACAGGCUCUCUAUUGUUAGGCAGUGCAGACAGCCAUCUCGUGGUACCUUUGAGUACCAAAUCCUGACAGUUGCAGUGGACUGGGCGCGGCAGCCUCUCGGGCUGACCUCAACCAAUAGCGUAACGCGAUUUUGUAAACAUCACUAUCGCAACGCCUCAGUGUUGUCACAGCUCUGUAGGCGGCUAUUGUUUUCGCCUGCAGCCGUUAGCGCUUCGCAGUUGAAAGCUGGCAACAGUGCUGUGAGCUGUCAGGGACCUUCUUA